UUAACCUGCUCCCUGACGUAACUUUCGCAUUCAUCCGUUUAUUAAUUUAUUUAUGUAAUAAGUUUUGUGUUUGUGUUUUCCACACGGACGCCUUGUGUUACGACAUGACCGCGGUGGCGGCGGCGCGCGCUCAGUCACCAGGGGGCAUUCACAUACAUGCAUACGUCUCACAUCAAUAAUAAUAAUAAUGCAUUUCAGGAAAGCUCGCCGCGAAAAGGCUCGAUCUUUGCUUCCACAGCUCCCCGUGAACGCAAACGCGACCGUGGCGUGAUGGAGAUGUGCGUGUAGGUUCAUGUGUCCGGCGGGACUGCCCCUGGCUUUUUUUUCCUGGGGAAGAUCAUACUGGAUCAUAUUGUUUGCAGGACGUUGUUCCUCCUGCAGCCCCCCAAGUCUAUCCCGACGUAGUUGUGAAUUGAACAUGGCGACUGUACCAGUGUAUUGCAUCUGCAGAUUACCUUACGACGUGACCCAGUUUAUGAUCGAGUGCGAUGCUUGCAAGGACUGGUUCCACGGCAGCUGCGUUGAAGUGGAUGAAGAUGACGCACCAGAUAUCGACAUAUAUCACUGUCCAAACUGUGAGAAGACCCAUGGCAAAUCCACAUUGAAAAAGAAAAAGAAUUGGAGCAAACAUGACACAGGGCAGAGCACAGAUAUCAAGGCUGUUCAAAAUGGCAGUCAGGUUUUCAUCAAGGAGCUUCGCAGUCGCACAUUCCCAAGUGCUGAUGACGUGGUGGUGAAACUGAGCGGCGGUCAACUCAACAUGCAUUACCUGGAGGACAACGGCUUCAACGACCCAGUCCUGGUUCAGAAGAAAGAUGGCCUGGGUUUGUCCAUGCCUGCUCCCACCUUUUACAUCAGUGAUGUGGAGAACUAUGUUGGUCCCGACGUCGGCGUGGACGUCGUGGACGUCACCAAACAGACUGACAGCACGAUGAAGCUGAAAGAAUUUGUGGACUAUUACUACAGCACAAACAGAAAGAAGGUGUUGAACGUCAUCAACCUGGAGUUCUCAGACACAAGGAUGAACAGCAUCGUGGAGAGUCCUCAGAUUGUGCGGCAGUUGUCUUGGGUAGAAAAUUACUGGCCCGACGAUGCGCUGCUCGGGAAGCCAAAAGUCACCAAAUACUGUCUCAUCUGUGUCAAAGACAGCUACACGGACUUCCACAUCGAAUGUGGGGGUGCUUCAGUCUGGUACCACAUCCUGAAGGGAGAGAAGAUCUUCUUCCUCAUCAAGCCCACGUCUGCCAACCUCUCUCUGUAUGAGCGCUGGAGGUCAUCGUCCAAUCACAGCGAGAUGUUCUUCGCUGACCAGGUGGACAAGUGUUACAAAUGCACUCUGAAGCAAGGCCAGACUCUGUUCAUCCCAUCAGGUCAGAACUACAGUCAAAUGACACAAG